CUUUGUCACAGACUCCUAUGUAGAUUAACCUUUCAAUUAGUUGUUAUCAGGUUCCCUCUGCCUACGCGUGCGUUCAUCUUCCGAAUCAAACAGGACCCCAUUGGAUUUAUCAGGCUACUUUACGCAUAAAUAAGCGUGUUUUUAUUGCUUAUACGAGGAGCGUGGAGAGAUCGUGCGAGGAACUUAAAGGUGUAACACGAAAGGAUUUUUCAGCAAGUCUUCUGACUUUGGAUUUACAACCACAAGGGAUUUUUUUCUUUCUGACAAAAGGGAAAAGGAAUGAAUAGCCAGUCUGAUCUUUGAGGAGUUACAUCAGUCCCAUAUCCUGUUUGGCAUAAUGUACUAAUGGCUGGCUUUUGUUUGUGGAUGCGUAUUGUUCGCUCUUAAAAGAAAAGGAAUGUAUUCAUGGAUCACACCUUAAUGAAACAACUUAUUUCACCAUGGUGAAACUGGCCAAUCCCCUGUACACAGAGUGGAUUCUUGAGGCUAUUCAGAAGAUCAAAAGGCAGAAGCAGCGGCCUUCCGAGGAGCGGAUUUGCCAUGCGGUCUCAACCUCACAUGGACUAGACAAGGGCGUCAUACUCCAGCAGCUGGAGCUCUCUGUGAAGGAUGGGUCCAUCCUUAAGGUUACCAGCAAAGGAUGCGCUUCAUACAAAGACCCGGACACCCCGGGAAGGAUUGGGCCUUUCAAGCUGGGAGGCUCUGGCCUGGUCUCACUUGGAUCUGUGAUACCUGCAGGAGAUCUGCGUCAUGUGGAUUGGAAUAAAAUCCUUAGGAGGGCUAUCGAAGGUCUGGGCGUCCCAGCUGGCUCCUCUCUAAGGAACAUCGAGAGAUUCCUUAGAAGCCAGGGCGACCUGGUGAAUGUUGUGGUGAACCCCAGGUUUCAGCAGAGGCUGAGGCUAGCUGCUAAACGAGCGGUUAACAAUGGGCGGCUGCUCAAGGAUGGGCCACUCUACAGGAUGAACAGUGGUGGGCUGGGAGGCAAAGCUUGCUUCAGGAGCGUGGGGGUCUUUGGUGUCGACCUCCCACCUGUGACACUACUCCCUCAUGAGAGAGACCAGCCACGUGCUGAUCCCAUACCCAUAUGCAGCUUCUGUUUGGGCACAAAGGAGUCCAAUCGAGACAAGAGGCCAGAGGAGCUGCUGUCCUGUGCUGAUUGUGGGAGUAGUGGCCAUCCAUCAUGCCUGAAGUUCUCUGCUGAUUUGACUGCAAAUGUCAAGGCCCUGCGAUGGCAAUGCAUCGAAUGCAAAACAUGCAGUUCCUGUCAGAUUCAGGGGAAGAAUGCUGUAAGUUCUCAAAUUCUGUUCAAAUGCACUGAUGGCCUUGGCCCAGUUCCUGCUGACAUCUUUUAUAGUGUCAGAGCGCUGCUUGUGUUCUGGUCUAAUCAUUCCUUUUGUGUUCAUUUGUUAUUUUCCUCUCUAAAGAGGAUGAGAAGGCUGAAGCCAUGUCAGGAAAAGGGCACCUCACACAACUUCAAAGCCAUUUAUUCAGUGUUUCCUUGUUGGUAUGUUACCUGUAGAAAGCUUGUUUUUCUUUGCUCUGUUUCUUUUCUUCUAAAGACAGUGGAAAUGAAGGGAAAGGCACAGCGGGUCAUCUCUGCUCAGCACUACAAAGACAUAUCUGAAAAGUGUCACGGCUACAGACAUGAUGAACCAUCCUUGAAAUGCUUCUCUCUUUUUGUGUCUCCCUCCCUCUCUCUCUCUCUCUCUCUCUCUCUUUUUUUCCCUGGACCUCCCCCAGGAAUGUGGAUCUGCCAAGUAUGCAGGCCAAAGGAGCAGGAGGGAAAACGGUUGCUACACAAGACAGCGGCCCAGAUCAAAAGGCGAUAUGCAAAGCCAGGAAGGCCAAGAAAAAAUCUAGCACAUCCAACAGUGUCUGACAGUAGUGGUCUGGGAUCCGUUGAGCUGUCUGAAAAAGCACGGCAUGGUAGGGGUUCCAUAAGCACUUUCUGUACCCCACCCUCAUCAAGCACCUUUAUACCCACCACAGACGGCAGGAGUCUCACAGACCCCCUCACAUCCACACCCACCCUCACUAAGUUGCCCCCAAUCAACAAGAAAACCAAAGGUCUCAUUGACGGGCUUUCCAAAUUUUUCACGCCAUCACCCUUGGGUCGCCGGUUGCACGGUGAGACGUCGGGCUCCUCGAAUCAGCACAGGCAGAGGAAACGAGGCUAUCGGAAAUGCCAUGCCAGCGUGACGACGCCAGGUGUGAGGUUAAACACCCCGUCUAGCGUUCUCCUUACCCCGUCCCCUUCACAAGGACACAGCCCCAUCUCGCUGAACCCCACCCAGUCUUCCUCACCCUCCUCCGCCCACUCCCCCCACAGCUCCUCCUCCCAGUCUAGCGGCCCGUCCCUCAGUAGUAUACCAGGCAACAACCAGCUGAAGGGACUCUUUGAUGGACUGUCUCACAUCUUUACCACUCAGGGACAGUCCCGGCAAAAGGGACUCCCCAGCUACGCACCGCCCAAGCGAGCGCGCCGCAGCCAGGACAUUUCCACCUCACCAAAAAUGUCCCUGCAGCUUCAAGGAAAGAAGUCUGUCAAGGGUUUUGGUAGUAAAUUAGCAUCCCUGUCCGGUUCAGCAUCAGGAUGGGCACCCAAGCGGGGCCGGCCGUUUAAGUCGGCACUCCAUUUCAAACGAACUCCCUUCUUGAGAAAACACAAGCUGCUAGGCAGGUUUAGGUUUAAGGCCUCCCCACAGAGGGAGAACACCACACCAGGGAAGGGCAGAUUGACAGACGGAAGAGUAAAACCAGACCCAAACCAUGCCUUUAAUGCCAAGAGAUGCUCAAGAAGAGAACCGCAGGAAGGAAGGAUGACUUUACUCAAUGACCAUGUGGCUGAAGAGGAUCUGAAAUUGUUCAGACACGUCAAGGAGAUCACAGCAAAGAAAACUGGUGGCGAUCAAGGACAAUCCCCUCCUUUGAUUGAGUUUGGGCAAUAUGAAAUACAAACUUGGUAUUCCUCACUAUACCCUCCAGAAUACACAAGAUUGCCGAAGCUUUAUCUCUGCGAGUUCUGCUUAAAGUACUUGAAAAGCCAGGACAUUCUGCAGAGGCAUUCAAAUAAAUGUGGAUGGUUUCACCCGCCAGCAAAUGAGAUCUACAGGAAGGAAAACCUCUCUGUGUUUGAGGUUGAUGGAAAUAUCAGCAAAAUUUUCUGCCAAAACCUUUGUUUGCUUGCAAAACUUUUUCUGGACCACAAGACAUUGUAUUACGAUGUGGAGCCUUUUCUCUUCUACGUUCUAACACAGAAUGAUGAGAAGGGUUGUCAUCUUCUUGGAUACUUCUCAAAGGAAAAGCUUUGCCAGCAGAAGUACAAUGUCUCCUGCAUAAUGAUCAUGCCUCAGUACCAAAGGCAAGGAUUUGGGAGGUUCCUCAUUGAUUUCAGUUACUUACUUUCCAGGCUAGAGGGUCGGGCUGGCUCCCCAGAGAAGCCUCUAUCUGAUCUGGGUCGUCUGUCCUACUUGGCUUAUUGGAAAAGUGUCAUACUGGAGUACCUGCACAACCACCCAGAUAAGAGUGUCAGCAUCAGGGGAAUGAGCCGAGCCACGGGCAUGUGUCCACAUGACAUCGCUACCACACUUCAGCAGCUCAACAUGAUUGAUUUCCAGGAUGGCAGGUUUGUAAUCAUCCGAAGACAUCAGCUAAUUGAGGAGCACAUGGAUAGACUGAGAAUGAAGCCACGUCUUCAUGAGGUUGACCCUGACUGCCUGAGCUGGACACCAGGUUCAGUCUGUAGAAGCCCACCAGGGGAGCUGAAGAGGGCUAUAGCACAGGUAGGCUUAAAGGUCUAUUCAUGGUUUGUAAUCAUCCGAAGACAUCAGCUAAUUGAGGAGCACAUGGAUAGACUGAGAAUGAAGCCACGUCUUCAUGAGGUUGACCCUGACUGCCUGAGCUGGACACCAGGUUCAGUCUGUAGAAGCCCACCAGGGGAGCUGAAGAGGGCUAUAGCACAGGCAGAUCGUCGUGCAGGCUGUAGUGCGUCAACCAGGAAUUUGACAAUGGGGAUGGGUUACACUAGCACAAGACCUCCACUAACCAAGUGCAAGAACUUCAGCAGAAGAUACUCAGACCCACUGUUUGCCAACAGUGCUGGGAAAGAUUUCGAAGUGAGUGAAAAAAGCAGCAGUGAUGAUGAUGAUGAAGACGACGAUGGUGAAGACGGUGCAUUCAAAUCCCAAUCUGGGCAGGGGCUCAAGCGAAAGCGGGCACCAACUCUGCGACGGAAGAGAGGAAGGAGGAGAACACGAAUCAACAGCAGUGUCACGACCGAGACCAUCUCAGAGAGAACAGAGGUGUUAGAUGAGCCAUUCGAAAACUCUGAUGUGGAAAGCCCUCUGCCACAGCCCAGCAGGAGGGGUGGCAGUGAGGAUGAGGAAGAGGAGAAGAGCCAGAGAUUAGCCAUGCGUCGGCCUGGUAGACCAAGGAGAUAUGAAGAUGACAAUCACUCAAAUCAAUCUAAAGAAGGAGGGAAUGUGGAAGCAGUGAAAAAGGACAAUCCUCGACCUCUAAAACGGAAGAAAGGCUGGCCCAAAGGUGUCAAACGAGGCCCUCCUAAAUGGAGACUAAAGGAACGCAAAAUGGGCUUUAAGCUCAACCUCUACACACCUCCUGAGACGCCAAUGGUCACAGUGGAGCAGGAGCAAGAAGAGGAGCAGGAUGCCAGCCCUGCCUCCUUCUCAGGGCCAUGCGAGUCCAUUAGAGAGCCCAGACCAGAGGACCCAGAGCUGGACCCCUGCGAUUCAGAGCCCCACAGUCCCGAGCCAUCCGAGUCUCACAAAGUAAAUGAAAAUGAGUCGACAGACAAAUCUGACAUGGUGGAAAAUUCACCCUGUGGUGAUGAGACCAAUGAGACAAAAUCAGGUCCAAUAGAUGAUGCUGAAGAGUCAUCUCAAAAUACAGAGGAAAUCAAAGACCUGAAGCCAGAGGGUGAAACAGAAAGCAGGGUUGGUAUGGGCUCAGGUGAACGAGAUGAAGAAGAGGAUGAAGACGAAGAGCCAGAACCAUCUCAUGUGGACGAUCAUGAUGCGGAUGAUGAAGAUGACAGCCAUGAGCAGAGAAUAGAUGACCCGGUGCCACUACCAGAAAGAGACCUUACGGAAGACCCAGAGCCAGUUCCAACUCCUAGUAACAACAAUAAAAAUCCUGAAGUGCAGCCGAACCCUGUGGACCCACCGCCUCAUUGCUUAGAGGAGCUUGCAUCUGAAAGCACUCUCGUGAGCUUGGGUGUGCAACAGGGUGACACUGUGGACUCGGAUCAUCCUCCAGACUCAGAAACCGAGGAUGAGGAUAACAGUCAGAGGCCUGAAGAAAAGCAUAUGGGCCCGUUGACCCCGGCAAUAAAAGAGGACCAUAACAUUUGCCCUGAGCUUGACAUGGAGACAGCCCAAGCAGUGCAGUCUCUGACUCAAGAGUCUGAGCAGGAGAGGCACUUUCAGGAUUGUGUGGAGACUCAGGAGGCCUGCCACAGCCUACAGCGGUAUGUUCAUGUUGAGCAGAGCCCUCAGAUGACUCCUGUGGACGACUGCCAGCAGUCAAAUCACAGCAGCCCUCUGUCUUCUGUCCAUUCUCACCCGAGCCAAUCUGUACGGUCAGUCAACAGUCCAGCAGUGUCCAUUUUAGAAAAUGGUUACACGCAGAUCAGUCCUGAUCAGGGUACUGUCUCGGUGCACUCGCUUCAUAACAACAUGGAGACUAGUCCAAUAAUGGAUGUGCCCUCGGUGUCAGACCACUCUCAGCAGGUGGUGGACAGUGGCUUCAGUGACCUAGGUAGCAUUGAGAGCACCACCGAGAAUUACGAGAAUCCCAGUAGUUACGACUCAACGCUGGGUAACAGCAUUUGUGGCACGGGAGCAGGAGCGGGCGCCUCCUCCCAGAGCAGCUGUUCCUAUGGCAACCUCUCCUCCGGUGGCAGCCACAGUCAGAGCAGCUGUGCUGUGUCCCAGCAGAUGGCCGGUCCUGUGGUGAACAAUGCUGGCGCUUGCAGCAUGCUCCAGCAAACCAGCAUGAGCUCCCCUCAGGGAUGCAGUGUGAAGUCUCCGCAAGGCUGUGUGCCGGAGAGGCAGCCCAGCCAUCCACACGGCCAUGGGCAUGGGCACGGGCAUAGCCACAGUCACCACCACAGCCAUCACCAGCACCAUCAACAUCACCAACACCCACAACACCAGUACCAGCAGCCUCUGUCGCACUGCUCCAUGCCGGCCAACUUCCCUCCACCCAUGCAGCUGCCUGACAUCCCAGAAUCAAACAAUCCCUCCAGCAACCUGGGCCUGUAUGACCGAAUGGGGCAGGGAGAGUAUGGAGGUGGACACUAUGGUCAACACUCAGCUACGUUCAGCCUGCAUAAACUACAACAGCUCACCAAUACCAUCAUGGACCACUCCUUGCCCUUCAGCCAUUCUGCCUCACACUCCAUCUCAUCCUAUGCAAACAACAACGGCUCGUUGUCCACGCAGCUCGGUCCUCACAAUCCCGCGCUGGUGUCGCUGUCGCAACCUGGUGGAGGUCCUCAGUCACAGGCUACUGUGACUCCUCCGCCCAACAUGACAUCACCGCCCAUGAUGCUGCAGCGCAACAUGGCUACACCCAACAUGAACCUGGCCCAAUCUCAGAGACUGCAAACGCAAAUGGCCCCCAAGAAUCACCACCACCACCCCGUGUCAAUCCGCUCCAAAUCAGCCCCUCUGCCACCCCACCACCAGCAGCAGAUGUAUGGUAGGGGUCCUCAGACUGUAGCCAUGCAGGCUCCUGGGAGGACGCUGGCUAUGCCGUCGCGGAUGAACAUGGGGGUAAACCUCAUGCCCGCCCCGGCUUACAAUGUCAACUCGAUGAACGUGAAUGUCAAUAUGGCGAUGAACACUUACAGAGUGACGCAGCCCAUGAUGAACGGAGGCUACCAUGGCAAUCCUACCUAUAUGAAUCAAUCUCCACAGUACUCUAUGCAGAUGGGCAUGAUGGGUACUCAGCCUUACCCACAGCAGCCCAUGCAGGCUCCUCCCCAUGGCAAUAUGAUGUACAGCCCAGCAGGUCAUCAUGGUUAUGUGAAUACUGGCAUGUCCAAACAACCCUUAAACGGGCCUUAUAUGAGACGAUAAUCAGCAACCUGAAAGUGAAGCGUCAUGAUGUUGCAAAGUCAGCUAGUUGACUUGAGGUAUUUAGUUUGUUCUUAUUUUCAUAGUUAAUGUUCGCUUUUAUGGAUCUUUCUGAAAGAACCAGCACUUGGUAAGAAUGCAAAAAA